UGCACUUCGUUAUAUCCUCCCCACUAUCAUUUAUCGGCCAGAGGACGCAAGCCCUUCUUCAUUCCCCGCCAUAAGUCCCUCGAAAAUUCAUGGACAUGCGUCCACAACACCACCAUCUCUGACCUGUGCAAGAUCCAAAAUACAAACCUCCCUCAACCUCUCACUCACCUGAAAGAUCAUGGCACUUCCAACAAGGCUUGCCACCACGUCUCGUCAUCAUCAUCCCGGCAAGCUCUCAAUCUUCCUCAACACAUCCUUCCUCUUCCUCAUCUCAUUCUUCCUCGUGAUCCAGUUUCGGUUCCACCUUGCACCCGAUGGUGAAAGCCCUCCCGCAGCCUCUCGGCCUCGGCGGCUUCUCCGCGACUUAACCAGCGACGGCUGCGCGAGGAUCCAUGAUUACGCAGAUUAUAAGGCCAAGUGUGUGUACGUCAAGUCCCAUGAUUCUUGCAGACACAAAGGGUACAUCAACUAUCUCCAAAUCUUCUAUUGUACCUGUGGGGAAUUUCCACUUCUGGGUCAUGUUCUGCUCUUGCUGUGGCUCGCCGUUUUGUUCUACCUAUUGGGUAACACGGCGGCUUGUUACUUCUGUCCCUCCUUGGAGGGCUUAUCGAGGAUCUUGAAGCUGUCUCCGACAAUAGCCGGAGUGACCCUUCUUUCCCUUGGUAAUGGAGCGCCUGAUGUUUUCGCCAGCAUCGUGUCCUUCACGAGAACAGGGGACGGCGAUGUCGGCCUAAACACUAUCCUGGGCGGCGCAUUCUUUGUGUCCAGUGUGGUUGUUGGGACAAUCAGCAUAUUGAUAUGCCCUGAUCAUGAGAUAACAGUCGACAAGCCAAGCUUUAUCAGGGAUGUCCUGUUCUUCGUCUUCUCACUCUCUUCUCUCCUUGUGAUUAUAGCCAUUGGCAGAGUCGGCUUCUGGAGCUCCAUCCUUUUUGUAUCAAUCUACCUUGUUUAUGUCUGCACCGUCUGCUUCAUGCAACUCUACUACCAAAAGCGAAGGAACAAGCACUUUUCGGCUUCAGUAAUCUCGAAUAGCAGUUCUGCGCAAAGCGAUGAUCUUGUAGAGAUGGGCAUACCGAUGCUCGGUUACGUCGAUGAUGAGAAAUCCGUUUUGGUGGAGAAUGGUGGUCAGAGAGAUGAGGACGAAUUUUCAUGUCAUUUCUUGAUUCCUGAUUCACCCACUUGCAGCCACUUGACGAAGCUAUUGCAAGUCCUGGAGCUGCCACUCCAAUUGCCAAGAAAACUGACCAUCCCGGUUGUCGACGAGGAGAGAUGGUCCAAGCCUUAUGCCAUUAUCUCGGUGACUUUGGCCCCGAUUCUCUUGUCAGCACUGUGCAAUUCGCAGAGGGACAAUGUCAAAUUCAGAAGCAGCACGGUCACUUAUUUAGCUGCAGGACUGAUCGGCCUUGUUCUCGGCAAUCUGGCAUUCGUGACCACCAAGAAGUCCAACCCGCCAAAGAAAUGCCUCUUCCCGUGGCUAGCUGCAGGUUUCCUGAUGAGCAUCACCUGGACAUACAUAAUCGCGGAAGAGCUGGUCUCUCUGUUGGUCUCGGUCGGGAUCGUCUUCGGGGUAAGCCCUUCCAUUCUAGGCCUGACCGUCCUGGCCUGGGGCAACUCGCUUGGAGACCUGAUCGCGAACGUGGCCAUGGCAAUGAAUGGCGGCGCCGACGGGGUCCAGAUCGCGAUUUCUGGGUGCUACGCGGGGCCGAUGUUCAAUACGCUGAUGGGUCUAGGCUUGCCCUUGGUGUUUCAGUCAUGGUCUGAGUACCCGGAUUCUUACGAGAUUCCUGGAGACAAUUCUCUGUAUGAGACACUGGGUUUUCUGAUAAGUGGCUUGCUGUGGGCGCUUGUCGUGGUGCCAAGGAAGAAUAUGAGGUUGGAUAGGUUUCUGGGUUGGGGCCUCUUGGCCAUUUACUCGUGCUUUCUGUUUCUAAGGCUAGCUAAGAUUCCCGGCCCGUUGUAACUAUGAUUGCUUCUUGUCUCAUUUGAGUGUCCGCCAUGAAGUUUGAGACACUUGAGCAAUCAAAAGUUUGUAGAACACUGGAUAAUUUCUUGUAAUCUGUACUGGUAUAGUUUGUCAGCAAUUAUAUCUAUUAGGCACCUAGGAGAACUUCGGACGUAUAAUCAUAAACCAAUCGUAGAGGUUCGAGGC